AUGGUCAAGCUUCCAGUGAUAGACCUCACUAAGGAAUACAUGAAGCCUGGUACAGAUUCUUGGAAAUCAAUAGCCAACGAUGUCAGGCAUGCACUCGAAGAACACGGAGGCUUCACAGCAGUAUACGACGGAGCUUCUUUACACAAUGCAAUGUUCAAGGUGUCGAAAGAGUUGUUUGACCUCCCCAGGGACACGAAAGUCAGAAUCACCUCUGGUAAACUUGGCUAUGGAUACCAAGGAAAUUUUCGCAGCAUGCCACUCUUUGAAUGCCUUGGCGUAGAAGAUGCAGCAACCCUAGAAGGAACUCAAAGUUUUACACGUCAACUUUGGCCCCAUGGAAAUAAAAAUUUCAGAACCGAAAACUCUGGUUUCGUUGAGAUAGGCAAUGUGGCGCAGUGGAACUUCUGGGUGCUUUUCUGA